AUGGAGAACGACGACAUUCGAGAGCGCUACAACCUUGUGGUCGGAGACUUCCCGGCCUAUCUCUUGUUCGACCAGGCCCACAAGAAGGGACUUAGGUAUCCCGGGGAGGUCAAGGCUGCAGACAUCGCUGUCUGGCUCCGGAAGAACGGGGUCAAUAUGCCCGCUAUUGGCACUAUCGCGGAUCUCGACGAGAUCGCUGGGAAGUUCCUGGCUGACAAGGCUGAGGAACACAUCGCCGCAGCAAAAUCUCUCGCCGAGGGGCACCUCAAGAACGACAGAAAGGCCGCCAUGUACGUUAAGAUUAUGGAGAGAAUACGGGAACGGGGCGAUGGUUUCCUCAAGGCGGAGAAGGAUCGCCUGACCAAAAUACUGCAGGAAAGCAAGGUAUGGAAGGAGAAGAGGGAUGAGCUGCAGGAUAAGCUCAAUGUGCUCGACGCCUUUGAGCUCGUCAUGGCCGGCGAGCUGUCCAGGUAG